CAGCUUGGUCAUGGUGGACUGGAUGAACCCUGAUCUGCUCGCUUCAUUACCCGAAGGUGUCACUCCGUACCAAUUUCAAGUUGCUGGUCAUACAGAAACCAAAUCAACGGGUUAUGCCCUGCUUCGACACCCAACAAAACCCAUCUUGUACAAAUGGCUCCAGGACCGCCACCGCGGUAUUCGAGAAAAAGCGUUCUACGAACUUGUUUAUUCCUCUGAUGCCCCGGAGGCCAUGAAGGCGCUGCGAUCCUUCAUACCACGUUACCAUGGCGUGUAUCGUUAUCAAGCGUCUGAAAGUAUGCAUUUGUCUUUAUCUUGGUCUGUCCGAUGCACUUGCCUCCUUCGUAAAACCAAAUGUGUGCGAUUUAACCAUGGGCACCAUUAGCUAUCGUCCGAAUUGUCCUCGGGAGAAACAGCUUCGGGAAGAGUUCAAAUACGCUUGGCGCAGAACUAUCGGCUUCUUUAUCAGUGGUAUGCAGAUAUACGACCCAGACAAAGAAGUCUUUGUGAAAUUUACCAGGCAGGUGUGUCGCAGCCUGACACCUGACGAAGUGUACGACAAAGCAAUCUCAAGAUUUCUCGGCUUCGACCAUAAACAUCGCAUGCGCCUCGCUGCAGCCUAUCUCACGAAAUUGGACGAUCUGUCUCGUUGGGUGGAAUGUUAUGGCUUUUCGUCGGUCACUUUUUGUCGCACUUCCCUUCUUCUGGGACACGAAUCCACCAGCAUCUCCUCCGAUACCGUUGAAGUGGUAGUCCGUUUGAUCGAUUUCACCGAUUGGGCCGAAAUCUCGCCUGAUGUAUCCAGCCAGUCUGACAAUUCCCCGGAAUCCGAGUUAAUCACAGGAUUCGCUCAUGGACUAUCAGUCUUGAUGGGAAUGCUGACGCGGGCUAUCAGAUCUCAUGCAGUGGUACAAGACUAGCUCUGCAUAGCUGGACUACACUAAGCGCCUCGUUCUCUCUUCUGACGGUUUCUCGAAAUACCCAUUCCGUCCUCCACAUUCACACCUCCACUGUGAACAGGAUGCGUUCCGCCCAAAUGCUUCCUUCACAGCAGUCUUUCUGAUUAUUUUUAUUAAUUCCAUUCUACCCAGCCGCACUAUUUUGCUCUUUGAUAUACUCAAUGUACUUUGCUUUUUUAUUUGUUUCAGAAUAAAAGUAUCUUUUUGUAUAAA